AUCCACACUAUUUGCAACACGGACAAACUGCAGAUGUUCUAUCGCAGCUGUGACCCUUUACAGGACAUUGGCAUCAGUGUUAACACGUGCCCUCCCAUGCCACCAUCCUACAAGGGCAAUUUGAGAGUGUCACUUCUGCUUCGGCAGUCUAUUGAGGAGCUAUACCUGUCUGCUAAUGUGCUCACAGGAGUGGUGGCUCCGUUAUCCCAUGACGAGCCCCUGUGCCUGCCCGAUUUCCCCUGCUUCACCUUCUGCUCCCGGAAGAAAGGAGUUUAUAUUAUGAAUUUAUUCUUCCUCUGCUCUCCUCUCCAGGGUCAACAUGAUGUGCAUGUUGUUUUGGUGAACCAAUACGGUUACCACAUUGCCUGCUUCAAUGUCACUUUCAUAAAAGAUAGGGGAGACAAAGGUUUAAUAUGA